ACUGGGUUUUUAAAUAGCACCGGCAGACCGUGAUAUGACGACUUCGUUGGUUCUGCAUCCACGUUGGGCGGAUACCUUCAUGUACGUGUAUGAAAAAAGCCCGCAUGAAAAUAAUCUCAAUAAAAACUCAGCCAUGGAGGCACUAAGCGGGAAUUGUCCAGCGAGCCACUGCCGGGAUUUGAUCAACCACCACCCAGCGAUAGGUCGCCAUUCCGGGAGCAUUGCAGCUCACCAAGGGUCGGUCUAUUCGGACAUUUCUUCCCCGGACCCCAGCAGGCAGUGCCCCGCACCCCAGACUACUUCCAGCGCGCCCCUGGGCUACGGCUACCCCUUCGGAAGCCCUUACUACGGGUGCAGGCUGUCCCAUUCCCACAACGUGAACUUGCAGCAGAAGCAGUGCUCCUAUCACCCGGCUGAAAAGUAUGCCGAACCCAGCGGCGCGCUCCCCUCCGAGGAACUAUCGUCCCGGGCGAAGGAGUUCGCGUUUUACCCGAGUUUUGCAAGCUCGUACCAAGCCGUCCCGGGCUAUUUAGACGUGUCGGUGGUACCAAGCAUCAGCGCUCAUCCGGAACCGAGGCACGAUGCGUUGAUACCCAUGGAGGGCUAUCAGCACUGGGCGCUGUCGAACGGUUGGGACGGACAGGUUUACUGCUCCAAAGAGCAAAGCCAAUCGAGUCAUCUCUGGAAGUCGCCUUUUCCCGAUGUUGUCCCGCUGCAGCCAGAGGUAAGCGGCUACCGUCGCGGUCGGAAGAAGCGGGUCCCCUACACGAAACUGCAGCUGAAGGAACUGGAGAAGGAAUACGCGGCCAGCAAGUUCAUCACCAAAGAAAAGAGGCGCCGCAUCUCCGCCAACACCAACCUCUCCGAACGGCAGGUUACGAUCUGGUUCCAGAACCGCCGCGUGAAAGAAAAGAAGUUCGUGUGCAAAUCCAAGACGUCACACAUGACCCCCACUUGAUACCCCCCACGCGGCCCCCAAAUAUGAUGGAUUUUUGUUCUCCCUAUACACCCCCAAUCACCCACCCCACCCCCUGUCAAAUCAAGAAUAUUGAUCUCAUCAUCUUGUAUAAUAAUUCAACUCUGAACUUUUUAUCUUUUGAUCUGUUUUUUUUCCUUUUUUGUAAAAUCUAUUUAAAAUAACGUUGAAGAGAGACCGUCUCCCUUAUAUUUUAUUAUAUAUUUUUUUUUUGGGGGGGGCAUGACUUUACAACUGGACAUUCUAUUAUAUCAUUAAUUCAUGCAUAUAAAUAAUCAGUCGUGUGUAUUAUAAGCAAAACAAAUGUAUUGUUAUUUUUUUUCUAGAUUAGUUUACACUCGUCGGAGGAUGUAGCAUUUUAUUCUCUUCAAAACAAAUACACGAAUUGCAGUUUCUGAACUUGAGAAAAAAUUAUGACGCCGAUUAUUAAAAAAAAAAGUGAGCCAUCACAAUUGCUGGUGCCUGUAUUGGUACACGCGCGACUGCUAAUGUCGGAACCGUGGAGCAGAAACCACGUGCUGCUUUAUCAUGAUUACAAAAUUGAAAGAGACUUUGGAUCAAGUCUGGAUGAUUCUGAGGUCGCCGAGGAUACCGGAGGCUCUGGUCAUUGCAAUGACCGAACUCACCACAAAACAAACAAACACAAAAUACACAAUUAAAAAUAAAGACGUAAAAGAUUGAAUAAUAAAUAUGCACAAUGUUGUUUUUUUGUAAAAUAAGUCUUAAUUCAUCGCAGUCGUGCUUCAUGCAGGCCCUUUUUCUCCUGCUUGUUUUGUUUCGUUGUCUCGUGUAUUGGUGUGAGUGUGUGUAUUGUGAUGUUUGAAUAAUACGUACUGAACACAAACGUGUGUUUCUUAAAAAAAUAAUAAAAAAUAAAUAAAAUGA